AAUUAAAAAAAAAUAAACAUAAAAAUAAAGAUGAACCGUUCAGGCAGGGGACCGUAGUAUCGCUGUAGUGUCGCUUGUUUCUGCUCUCUGCUUGGAGACCACUGAACCAGUGGUAGCUGCUCGAGGAAAAUCCGUCGCGAAGCCCCGACCGCUCACCUGUCUGGACCCAAGGAGAUCAAGAACCCGUCAAUUUUCUGGGUCAUAGCAUGUGGGUAUUCCUUGCUGGACAGUAAAGGUCGUGACUUUUUCAAGAAUUCGCUGGUAAUCUUCGGUAACACAUGGCUUCUUCGCUGCUUAAUGGAGCUGAAUACCUAGGAUUGAUGAGAAGUGUACACCCAAAAGGAUUGGGCUUUGUGGGGUCGGAUUUUGGUGGGAAGAACCUCAACCUGCCCAAAUUGACCCUGGGGUCUCCUGCUAGAAUUGGGGCUGUGAAGAGAGCAGUGCCUAAUUGCAGCUUAUCAACUUCUAGGCCUGCUUCGCAGCCUAGGUUCAUACAGCACAAGAAGGAGGCCUUUUGGUUCUACAGGUUCCUCUCGAUUGUGUAUGACCACAUUAUAAACCCUGGACAUUGGACCGAGGACAUGCGGGACGAUGCGCUCGAGCCAGCCGACCUCAGUGAUAGGAACAUGAUAGUGGUGGAUGUUGGUGGUGGGACUGGUUUUACCACUCUAGGUAUUGUUAAGCACGUGGAUGCGAAGAAUGUCACGAUCCUUGACCAGUCACCGCAUCAGCUCGCCAAGGCCAGGCAGAAGGAGCCCCUGAAGGAGUGCAAAAUCAUUGAGGGGGACGCGGAGGAUCUCCCGUUUGAGACUGACUAUGCAGACCGAUACAUUUCGGCAGGAAGUAUCGAGUAUUGGCCAGAUCCCCAGCGUGGCAUUAAGGAAGCCUACAGAGUGCUGAAACUGGGAGGAAAGGCAUGCGUCAUAGGCCCGGUGUACCCAACAUUCUGGCUGUCUCGCUUCUUUGCUGACGCGUGGAUGCUCUUUCCAAAGGAGGAAGAAUACAUUGAGUGGUUUGAGAAGGCUGGGUUCAAGGACAUCCAGUUGAAAAGGAUUGGCCCAAAAUGGUAUCGUGGUGUUCGCCGGCAUGGGUUAAUCAUGGGGUGUUCUGUGACAGGUGUUAAACCUGCGUCUGGUGAUUCUCCUUUGCAGCUCGGUCCGAAGGCAGAGGAUGUCUCGAAGCCUGUGAACCCGUUCGUGUUCCUGCUGCGGUUCCUUUUGGGUGCAAUGGCAGCUACCUAUUAUGUACUAGUCCCAAUAUACAUGUGGCUGAAAGAUCAGAUUGUCCCCAAAGGUAGACCCAUCUGAGAGAGAAAAGGAGAGGGAGAUUCAUGUUGAGCAGAGAAGGAGCUGCUCAUAACAUCUUUCUUACUAUGUUUCUUUUGUAAGAGUUUGCAGUGUAAGAAUCCAUUUCCUUCUUUUUCUGUUGUCUGGUGACUUAAAAUUGAGCUCGCUGUAUCCUUCUUUCCGGAA